AUGAAGACCCUCAGGCGUCUAGUGAAAAUCAGCGGAAACAAGUAUCGGGUAAUUUCAAAACUCUUUCGCAAACGCCGACGGUUGAUUCGAGUGUGUGUUGACAAAAUGUGUAACAGUCAGUUCUGGUCCGCAAGUGCUGAUUUUUCAUUGGUGUGCGAAUUGGCUCAGUAUUUGCCUAAUUGCCUAUUUUCGAUUGUCUGUUCAGGCACGCCCUCAGCUCCAACAGAUUUGCAAGUGCGCAAAGUAACGAAGAGCGGUGUGAAAUUGUCCUGGACUGCGCCAACUGACAACGGAGGCACUCCCAUCACAGGAUAUGUGGUCCGCUUCUGGCCACCUGAUAACGGUGCGUUCAGGGUGGUUGCAGCUACGACUGGAGAUGAGGAAACAUUUGUUGUCACCGGUAUGCUAGAAGCUCCAUCCGGGCAAUUCGACGUGGCAGCCAUAAACGCCAAGGGAGCCGGCCAGUGGUCCCAACGCGUGGACGCGGCAAGUCUUGAAGAACAGAAUGCACCACCAAGACUAUUUCGACCGAGCGAUGCUGCGAACCCACGUAGCGAAGGUGUUGCUGGCCCCGAGUCCAUUGAAUAUCAGGUUGGUUUCUCACCGGCACCGAAUGUGACUGGUAUAUGCCGUCUAAUAUUAUUGGUGUUUACACCAGAGGACGAGUGUGGGAAGCAUUGA